AUGACGACCCAAGACCAGAACCAGCCAGCUUGGCUCUAUCUUUUGCCUAUGGAACUUUUCGACAUGGUAGUCAAGCUGCUAAUCCCUCUAUCAAAAGUCUGCCUCGCUCUCUCCUCCAAGCCCCUCUUCACGAAGCUCUACCCUUCUGCUCGAAUACCGACUCUCAAAAACAGAGAGUUGAACAUAUUGUUCUCGCUUUUGGAAAAGGACAACCCUCACCUCGUCUUAUGCGGCGAACAUAACAAGCUUCGUCCUUUCGACUCGACUAUCAGUCAACGUGCACAGGGCCGCCCACAUUCCGCCAAUCUCGCUCAUGCCAAGUGGUGGUAUUCAGGAACUCCUUGCGCUGCGUCUUCAGAAAGCUCCUUUCUUCUUCCAAUCAACUCGGGUGAUUGGGUAAAUGCAUCGGUCAAUCGGGCAUCUUGGAUGCCUGGGAUCGUAUGGCCGAACCUUACUUUUUCCGAGCUUCGUUCCGUCAUGAAACGCCACUUGUACGGUGAGAAGCAUGGUCUGCCGCUUGAACAUUUGGCCUAUGAUUACGAAUUUGGGAGGUUCAUCGACCUGGAUCGACCAUAUGAUCAGAGCCAUUUUCCUCUUGAACGUCACUCAGAGGGUCAACAGGUUCUUACACCUGAAGAAGAGUGGAUUUUCGAAGAUGAAAACGCUGCUUUCGAGUACCUCACCAACCCUGACUGCAACUUUGCUCCCACGGCACAUGCGAUACACUCUCACCACCCCGACUCCUGGUUAGCUUCUCAGAUGUGGCACUUCAGACACACCUCAGAAGCAAAGAUCAUCAAAAACGAGCUGUACUUGCGUCGCCACCAUGUCAUCAAAGGGCCCCCGGUCUCAGUUGCCUCGUUCAAGUAUCUUCUCGAAACCGUUGAUCUUCCGCUCUGCCGCCAUAUUCGACCAAGUGGAGAUCAUAGGUUCAAUAGCAAGUAUUACUACCACGUGGAUAUGGGGCUCCCGGAGAUUGGGAACUUGAAACUCGACCGUAACGUCCAUGUCUCUCGAUCCUGUCGAGUGUGUUACACUGACUACAUCCUCGUGAUAAAGAACCCCAACACCUCAAUGGGAUGGACACUGGACCUUACCACCUUUCACCGGUUUGGCUACUGCAGUAGCCUAAGCGACCCAAUUUGGCAGUGUGCCACCAGAAAUUCUGCGGACUUGCCAGUGAGGCAGGGCGGGAACAUGAGAGGUCGGAGGCGUUUUCACGAAGACAGUGAAAUACAUGGGAGCGGACAGGGCAGGGUUUAUGCCCGGUUUCGUCGACACUCGGCCAGGGGGAAUCUCUCCUGGUGGAAUGAGGGCCGUUCUUGGGAUUGGGUUCAAAACGAUAUUUUUUCCAAGCUUCUUCAUCGUAGGGAACCCGAUAAGUUCCCAUCUCCAUGGCUGGACCUCAUCGAUCUAUCUGAAGCAGAGGCUGUUAUAUCUCAACAGAAAUAG